GAGCAGCUCUGUGCCUUCUGUUACUGUGGCGGCUGCAGUCUGCUGGGUCAGGGGGAUCUCAGAGUGUUUGACUCCUCGCCUGGACACGAGCGCAACGCGACAGGAGGAGUAGGCCAGGCCAACGACCACAGGAAGGCCAGUAAAGGCAGCGCCGACAGCGGUGGUGAGAGAACCACUCAGCCCAGCGACUCGGCCGGAGAGGCCAGCUCAGGACAGAGGGGCACACAGAAGUAAGUAGAGCUGGCUAGCAAAGGGUUUGGCAGGCAGAGCUGGUCUGGUCUCGCUGAGCAGGGACGGUGAAAUCUGUGAUGGCCUCUGUAGCCGGUUAAUGAGCUGUAUGGAACGAGAGCUGGGCUCUCUGCUGCUUUGAUGUCGCAGGCUGUUUAUUUGGCCAGCCUUGCCUGUCCAUACAGAUGCCUGUCCAAUACAGACGCACAGACUUUGAGUGAGAAACAUGACACGGAAGAAUAAAAACAAAGGAACAGGAAAACAGCAGCAAACAAAGAUGUGUGUGCAGCAUCGUUAUAGGACAUGAUUUAGCUGGCAGCUGAUAUCUGUAAUCUCAGAGUUGAUGUCUUGAAUAUCUGCUGAUGUGUGGAAUAAGUGCUUUGUGUAUUUCAGAGGAAGGGUCUGAGUGCGUAUAUGAAUGCUAGCACUCUGCUCUUGAAGGCUAAAUUGGUGGCGCUCUGCUCCGCCUUAGCAAGCCUUUUCUGCCUACUGUGGUCCCCAGGGGCCCUAUGAUCCCACGUAGAGUAACACUAAGACGUGAGCGUUUGCACUCUGUGUGUGUGUGCUGUACGUUUGUGUGUGCGUGCGUGUACUGUGCCAUCAAAGGACCCUCCCUGGACACGUUUUGGACAGCUGCCUAAUUUGUUUUUGCUCUUUGGAGCCAAUAGAGCAUCUCCCUGGGGUCCCGGUGACGUAAUGUAAUGUGCAGAGAGAGCAGAGCACAAACACUCACACCGCAACUCCCCUGGCAGCGGGCCAACGCCAGCCAAGCAUUGUUGUGUUGGUGCAGUGUGAUUGGUCAUUGGGUCUCUAGACUAGUCCAUGGAGAGAAAGGGUGGGGAGAGGGAGAGGGAGAGGAAUGGAGGAUGUGGGAGAGGGAGGAAAUGUAAACAUAAAGGAUGGUGGCAUUUGUAUUUAUUAUGGAUCCCCAUUUAGCUGUUGCCAAGGCAGCAGCUACUCUUCCUGUGGUCAAGCAAAAUUAAGGCAGUUGUAUACAGUUAAAAACAUUACAUUACAUUUCACAACAGAUUUCACAACACAUUAAUAAGUGUGUGCCCUCAGGCCACUACUCUACUACCACAAAUCUACAAUACCUAUGUGUGUAGUGUUUCUUAUUGUGUGUGUAUGUGUGUGCAUGUUUGUUUCUCUUCCCGGUCUCCGCUGUUCCACAAGGUACAUUGAAUACUAGACCUAUAUUGCACAAUAUGUAAGCUCCUGUCAGAAGAGCCAUAACAAGGACAAGGCGUUAUACAGGGAAUAUAAUUAUAACUUCCUCCAUCAUCAUCAUCCUAGACCUCACUCACUCCGUUUUUGGAUGUUUGUGUAUUUACUGAAACCAACUAGGGUCCUUAUAAAUGCUAAUUCCCUCUUGCCACAUUUUCCGCAUGCUUUGCGGCUCACUAGAGCAAGCCAUGGACUCUGGGAACGGCUACCCUUUCAGCAGAUUUUAUGAGUCUGAACAGCCAGCCUCUUGUGUGUCACAGCCAAAUAAUACGACCCCCUUCCUCCCCCUCCUUCUCCUCUACUGCUCUCUCCCUCCUCUCAUCUCUGCCUUAGUUCUUCUCGGUAGUCCUUUACUGUCUUCUCUUCCCAGGUUGCCUCACUUUGCUUCAUCAACUCUUUCUACCUCAGCCUCAUCUCCAGUUAUCUUUACUAAUCUCUCUCUUCAUAUCUCUUCCAGUGGAGCUGAGCGCUAUGGGGAGUUACCAGACCCAGACAAGGCAAGCAGGUUCUGGGAUGAGCUGUCUCACGUGGGCCUCCCAGGAGACGUGGACGUCCAGUCUCUCUUUGAGGAGUCGGGGCAGUGCUGGGCGCAUCACCGCUGUGCGUUAUGGUCGCAGGGUGUGUGCGUGGGCGAGGGACAAUCACUGCUCAACGUGGACAGAGCCAUCGACUCAGGGAGCACAGAGGUGAGCAGCCCAUUUUAAAACAUGUCUAUAAAGUGAAUGGGAUUAUACACUCUAGAGCAGUGGUAUUCAAACUUUUUCAGCGGGGACCCCACUUUUUUCUGCCAGAGUUUGUGGACCCCAUUCCCCCCCCCCCCCCCAAGAAUUUCUUGCAACCCCACCCUGAAUCUAAUGACAACCUUAGUCUGUAAAUGUAGGUUUUUACAUCAACAAAUUACCUUCAAUUCAUUGCAUUUUCAUCUCUUAUCAAAAUGAAAAGAAACCAACAAAUACUUUUACUCAAUAAAAUUGUAUUUUUCAAAUUAUCUUUCUCAAAGUUUUUAUAUAAUCUGUACUCUUACUUUUUUGUUCCCCGACUUUGAAUACCACUGCUCUAGAGAACUGUCUAUAUAGUGAGUUGUCAUUGUCUACAGUAAAUGCAGUAGGACUUCACACUGUCUUAUGAAUAUGCGUUAACAGUGUGUCCAUAGUAAAUAGGAAUUAACAUGGUGCCUAUAAUGAAUGACAGCAGCAGGAAGGGGGUGUUCCAGUGAGAGACGGAUAGAGAGGGGGUAGCUCAGUUGGUAGAGCAUGGCGAGCAGGGUUGUGGGUUCGUUUCCCACGGGGGACCAGUAUGAAAAAAUGUAUGCACUCACUAACUGUAAGUCGCUCACUAAAGAGCGUCUGCUAAAUGACUAAAAUGUAAAUGUAAAAUGAGAGGGGGGAAAAGGAGGGAGGGAGAGACUGGUGAGGUGAUGGAUCAGGCCGGCUGUUAAAGGUCGCCCCUGGCAGCGCUGCUCUCUCCUCUCUCAGCUGUGAAAUGGAAAAGGUCAUGACACUCUACAGUAAAGGCUGUAUAGAGUCAUGGUGGCUUAGCUCGGUGCCUAUUGUAGCAUUAGCACCAACACAACUCACAGACCCAUGACUGGGUGGUUGCGUCCGAAAUGGCACCCUAUUCCCUAUAUAGUGCACUACUUUUGACUUGGACCUAUAGGGAUCAAUUUGGGGCACAUCCCAUAUGUCUGGCACUCCCCUCGCCUGCUAGACCAUCAGCAAGUCACCAGCUCCUUUUCAAGUGUCUAAACAUUCAUCCCCCUUCAUCUGCAAUGGUUGGAAAAGACUUGAAACAAUAUGGUGGAAGCUCAUCAGUAGGCUGGCUUUCAUCUGGUCAGUUUGUUCAGAUCAGUGCAGAUGAAUGAGAGGAGGCAUGACUCAGUGUGUUUGGGGAAGAAUUUAUGAGGGAGUCGGAAGUAUCCAAUAGCAUAUGAUAUGACACUUUGGAAGGGAAGUGUUAGCAUCAAUGGGCUAAUCAUGGUGUGACAAAGGGAGGGUUUUUAAUCAGGAAGAACUGAGAGCAUUGAUGGAUUGUUUUAAAGGAAACAUCAAAGGAUAGGGGAACCAUGGACUUGCAUGAGCAAUGCUGCAUUCUGUGUACAGUACUUUAGGGAGGUCUUCCUUUGAAAUUCUUUGUCCUUUGUUGUAGGAGUUUUUUCAUUUGUCUGUAGAUGCAGUAAGGAACUGGUAUACCAUAUUGUAUCAAUUCUAAUCUGACUCUCGGUUUAGACCAUGUUACUGUAAAAGCACUUUGUCCUGGAGCGCUCCUUUUGGCCGGUGAUUUUAAUGCAGUGAACUGAAAUCCGUCUUACCUCAUUUUUACCUGCAUGUCACCUGUGCAACUAGAGGCGACAAAACGCUUGAUCAACUUUAGUCCACACACAGAAAUGCAUACAAAGCUCUCCCUUGCAUUCCAUUUGGCAAAUCUGACUAACUCUAUCCUCCUGAUUCCUGCUUAGAAGUGAAAACUCAAACAGGAAGUACCAGUGAUGCGCUCAAUACGGAAGUGUUCCAAUGAAGCAGAUGCUAAGCUACAGGACUGUUUCACUAGCACAUUGAGGAGUUUACCACAUCAGUCACCGGCUUAAUUAAUAAGUGCAUCGACGACGUCCCCACAGUGACAUUUACAUUUUUGUCAUUUAGCAGACCCUCUUAUCCAGAGCGACUUACAAAUUGGUGCAUUCACCUUAUGAUAGCCAGUGGGACAACCACUUUAAAAUAUAUAAUAUUUUUUUGGGGGGUGGGGUAGGGGGAGGGUAGAAGGAUUACUUUGAUCCUAUCCCAGGUAUUCCUUAAAGAGGUGGGGUUUCAAGUGUCUCCGGAAGGUGGUGAGUGACUCCGCUGUCCUGGCGUUGUGAGGGAGCUUGCUCCACCAUUGGGGUGCCAGAGCAGCGAACAGUUUUGACUGGGCUGAGCGGGAACUGUGCUUCCGCAGAGGUGCCAGCAGGCCAGAGGUGGAUGAACGCAAUGCCCUCGUUUGGGUGUAGGGACUGAUCACAGCCUGAAGGUACGGAGGUGCCGUUCCCCUCACAGCUCCGUUGGCAAGCACCAUGGUCUUGUAGCAGAUUCUGGCUUCAACUGGAAGCCAGUAGUGUGCGGAGUAGCGGGGUGACGUGAGAGAACUUGGGAAGGUUGAACACCAGACGGGCUGCAGCGUUCUGGAUGAGUUGGAGGGGUUUAAUGUUACAGGCAGGGAGCCCAGCCAACAGCGAGUUGCUGUAAUCCAGACGGGAGAUGACAAGUGCCUGGAUUAGGACCUGUGCCGCUUCCUGUGUAAGGUAGGGUCGUACGCUGCGAAUAUUGUAGAGCAUGAACCUACAGGAUUGGGUCACCGCUUUGAUGUUAGCGGAGAAUGACAGGGUGAUGUCCAGGGUCACGCCAAGGUUCUUUGCACUUUGGGAGGAGGACACAACGGAGUGUUGGAGGCCGUACGUACAUAUCCCAACCAGAAUCCAUGGAUUAUAGGCAACAUCCGCACUUAGCUAAAGGCUACUGCUGCCGCUUUCAAGGAGCGGGACACUAACCUGGACGCUUAUAAGAAAUCCCGCUACGACCUCCGAGCCAUCAAACAGUCAAAACUUCAAUACAGGAUGUGGCAGGGCUUGCAAACUAUCACAGAUUACAAAGGUAAAGCCAGCCGCGAGCUUCCCAGUGAGUACCAGGUGUUCCGGAUGACUGUGUGAUCUCGCUUUCCGUAGCCGAUGUGAGUAAGACCUUUUUAAACAGGUUAACAUUCACAAGGCCGUGGGGCCAGAUGGACUACCAGGACGUGUACUCCAAGCAUGCGCUGACCAGUUGUCAAGUGUCUUCACUAACAUUUUCAACCUCUCCCUGACCCAGUCUGUUAUACCUACAUGUUUCAAGCAGACCACCAUAGUACCUGUGCCCAAGAAUGCCGAGAUAACCUGUCUAAAUGACUAUCGCCCCCGUAGCACUCAUAUCUGUAGCCAUGAAGUGCUUUGUGGCUGAGGGGCAUUGCUGCUGUCGGAUGAUUAUUCAAUUUUUUUUACAAUGCAAUCGUCGUAAAGUAGGGGAUGGUUAUUCUUCAAAUGAUUGAAUACAUUUUUCAUGUUGCCUCUCAUUGUCACCGCAACUCUGAGGGACUUUUUGCACUGAAAUGCUUUGAAAGGCUGGUCAUGGCUCACAACACCAUCCCAGUCACCCUGGACCCUCUCAAUUCGCAUACAGAUCAACAGAUGGCGCAAUCUCUAUUGCACUGCAUACUGCCCUCUCCCACCUGGACAAGAGGAACACCUACUGUAUGUGAGAAUGCUGUUUAUUGACUACAGCUCAGCGUUCAACACCAUAGUGCCCUCCAAACUCAUCACUUAGCUCAGGACCCUGGGACUGAACACCUCCCUCUGCAACUGGAUCCUGGACUUCCUGACGGGCCGCCCCCUGGUAGUGAGGGUAGGCAACAACACAUCCGUCAAGCUGACCCUCAACAUGGGGGCCCCUCAGGGGUGCGUGCUUAGUCCUAUGGCUGCACGAUUUGGACAAAAUACAGUAUCUAAUUGCGUUUUUUGGGAGGGGGGCCCAGAUAUUGCGAUUUAUGAAUUGUGAUUUUCAAACAAUUUUCAGGGUAGAGAACAUCACUUCUAAAAUGAUAUCAUAUGAAUGAAUACAUACUGUGCUAACUGAAUACAAAACCAAAUUAAACAAAUAUUUUCCAACAUUGUUAUAGGCUACAUAUGAUAAAAGAUAGGAUUAUUACACCUACAUAUUAACAAAACAUUUUUUAAAUGAUCAUCAAAUAUAGUGUGCUAUAAGCGCAGCACUAAUUUAAUUAAUUAAUUAGUAACACGAGUUCCCAUUUCCUAUUUUACUUUUAUGAGUUCUUAAAUAACCUAAGUUAACCCAAGGCUGCAGAUGGAAUAGGAAGCUUAUGAUUGUGUAAUUAUGUAUAAGUAGGCCUCGUCAUUAUUAUAAUUAGAAGUCAGUGUCUUAAAAACAUGUAACACAUGUUGCCUUCCGAUUGCAAGGUGCAGCUUGUGUCCGAAGCAUCGGUGUCUUGGCCAGUCAUUCAAUGCGACAUGUUUCAAUAUCUCCCUUAUUUUUGUUAAAGUGUGGGGAUGGCGAAUAUGUGCGAGAUGGAAUCUUGUAUUUCCUGUCCAGCUUGUUUAUGAUCUUCUUGAAGCAGUCUUUGCUGACUGUAAAUAGGAACCAUGUCUUUGGCUAUGUGAUAGCUUCUGUGAUUUGUAUGCGCCUGCGCAGGAUGUUAUUUCGUAGGGCGUUACACUUGAAAACGCAUCAGCAAUCAAUGCCUGUUUAACAUAGGUGGCUGGUUGUGGCUGAGGGGCAUUGCUGCUGUCAGGUGCUUAUUUUUUUUACCAUGCAAUCGUCAUUAAAGUAGAGGAUGGUUAUUCUUCAAAGGAUUGAAUACAUUUGUCGUCUUGCCUCUGACCCUCAACACGGGGGCCCCUCAGCGGUGCAUGCUUAAUCCCUUCCUUUACUCCCUGUUCAUCCACGACUGCGUCGCUGCUCACGCCUCCAACACGAUCAUUAAGUUUGCUGACGAAACGACAGUGGUUGGCCUGAUCACCGACGACGAUGACCGCCGAUAGGGAGGAGGUCAGUGACCUGGCAGUGUGGUGCCAGAACAACAACCUCUCCCUCAAUGUCAGCAAGACAAAGGAGCUGAUCGUGGACUACAGGAAACGGAGGACCGAGCACACCCCCUUCAACAUCGACAGAGCUGUAGUGGAGCUGGUCGAGAGCUUCAUGUUCUUCAGCAUUCACAUCACUAAGGAAUUAUCAUGGUCCAAACAUCAACACCGUCGUGAAGAAAGCACGACAUCACCUCUUCCCAGGAGGCUGAAAAGAUUUGUCAUGGGCCCUCAGAUCCUCAAAUUUCUACAGCUGCACUAUUGAGAGCAUCUUGACUUGCUGCAUCACCGCUUGGUAUGGCAACUGCUUGGCAUCCGACUGCAAGACGCUACAAAGGGUAGUGCGCACUGCCCAUACAUCACUGGGGCCGAGCUCCCUGCCAUCCAGGACCUCUAUACCAGGCUGUGUCAGAUGAAAGCCCUAAAAAUUGUCAGACCCCGGCACCCAAGUCAUAGACUUUUCUCUCUGCUGCCCCACUGCAAGAGGUACCGAUGCAGCAAGUCUGAAACCAACAGGACCCUGAACAGCUUUUACCCCCAAGCCAUAAGACUGCUAAAUAGUUGGACCGGGUAGCUAUUGGUUAACUAUUUAACUAUCUGUGUUGACCCUUUUUGCAUUAACUCUUUUGAUUCAUCACAUACGCUGCUGCUACUGUUUUUAUUAUCUAUCCUGUUGCCUAGUCACUUUAGCCAUACAGUGAGGGAAAAAAGUAUUUGAUCCCCUGCUGAUUUUGUACGUUUUCCCACUGACAAAGACAUGAUCAGUCUAUAAUUGUAAUGGUAGGUUUAUUUGAACAGUGAGAGACAGAAUAACAACAAAAAAAUCCAGAAAAACGCAUGUAAAAAAUGUUAUAAAUUGAUUUGCAUUUUAAUGAGGGAAAUAAGUAUUUGACCCAUCUGCAAAACAUGACUUAGUACUUGGUGGCAAAACCCUUGUUGGCAAUCAGAGGUCAGACGUUUCUUGUAGUUGGCCACCAGGUUUGCACACAUCUCAGGAGGGAUUUUGUUCCACUCCUCUUUGCAGAUCUUCUCCAAGUCAUUAAGGUUUUGAGGCUGACGUUUGGCAACUCGAACCUUCAGCUCCCUCCACAGAUUUUCUAUGGGAUUAAGGGCUGUAGACUGGCUAGGUCGCUCCAGGACCUUAAUGUGCUUCUUCUUGAGCCACUCCUUUGUUGCCUUGGCCGUGUGUUUUGGGUCAUUGUCAUGCUGGAAUACCCAUCCACGACCCAUUUUCAAUGCCCUGGCUGAGGGAAGGAGGUUCUCACCCAAGAUUUGACGGUACAUGGCCCGUCCAAUCGUCCCUUUGAUGCGGUGAAGUUGUCCUGUCCCCUUAGCAGAAAAACACCCCAGUGGGGAUGGUGUUCUUGGGGUCAUAGGCAGCAUUCCUCCUCCUCCAAACACGGCGAGUUGAGUUGAUGCCAAAGAGCUCGACUUUGGCCUCAUCUGACCACAACACUUUCACCCAGUUCUCCUCUGAAUCAUUCAGAUGAUCAUUGGCAAACUUCAGACUGGCCUGUAUAUGUGCUUUCUUGAGCAGGGGGACCUUGCGGGCGCUGCAGGAUUUCAGUCCUUCACGGCGUAGUGUGUUACCAAUUUGUUUUCUUGGUGACUAUGGUCCCAGCUGCCUUGAGAUCAUUGACAAGAUCCUACCAUGUAGUUCUGGGCUGAUUCCUCACUGUUCUCAUGAUCAUUGCAACUCCACGAGGUGAGAUCUUGCAUGGAGCCCCAAGCCGAGCGAGAUUGACAGUUAUUUUGUGUUUCUUCCAUUUGCGAAUAAUCGCACCAACUGUUGUCACCUUCUCACCAAGCUGCUUGGCGAUUCCAGCCUUGUGUAGGUCUACAAUCUUGUCCUUGACAACCUUGGAGAGCUCUUUGGUCUUGGCCAUGGUGGAGAGUUUGGAAUCUGAUUGAUUGAUUGCUUCUGUGGACAGGUGUCUUUUUUAUACAGUUAACAAGCUGAGAUUAGGAGCACUCCCUUUAAGAGUGUGCUCCUAAUCUCAGCUCGUUACCUGUAUAAAAGACACCUGGGAGCCAGAAAUAUUUCUGAUUGAGAGGGGGUCAAAUACUUAUUUCCCUAAUUUAAAAUGCAAAUCAGUUUAACAUUUAUGACAUGCGUUUUUCUGGAUUUUGUUGUUGUUAUUCUGUCUCUCACUGUUCAAAUAUACCUACCAUUAAAAUUAUAGACUGAUCAUUUCUUUGUCAGUGGGCAAACGUACAAAAUCAGCAGGGGAUCAAAUACUUUUUUCCCUCACUGUACCUAUACGCACAUUACUACCUCAAUGACCUUGUACCCCUGUACAUGGUCUCGGUACUGCAACCCCGUGUAUAUAGCCAAGUUAUUUGUUUCUAUUAUUUCAAUUUUUUCUCUCUGCGUUGUUGGGAAGGGUACGUAACUAAGCAUUUCACUGUUAGUCUACGCCUGUUUAUGAAGCAUAUGACAAAUAAAAUUAAAGAUGUGAAAAGUCUUAGGAGGGCUGUUCUUACACAGUAUGAAUUGUUGUGUAUGGGAAAUAGAGGAGAAAUGGGAUCUCUCAAUUGUUCUCAUACACAACAAUACAUUUACUGUCUAAGCACAACCUUGCACUACCAAAAAUACCUUCCUCAUCUCAAAGUACUGUCUGUAAACCUCCCCUAGCCCAUUGACUUUGACAGAUCAUUCUUGUCAAUAGUAGCCCCUUGCAGGGGAUUUUUGUAGACAUAUCUUUGUAUUGUGUUUUAAGAAUCUAGAGAGAAGAAUGAGGUGAUUGUGUCAUUACUGUUGUAAAAAGGCCUUUAUACAUUGAACAAAAAUGUAAACGCAACAUGCAACAAUUUCCAAGAUUUUACUGAGUUAGAGAUCAUAUAAGGAAAUAUGUAAAUUGAAAUUCGUUAGGGCCUGAUCUAUGGAUUUCACAUGAUUGGGAAUACAGAUAUGCGUGCUGUUUUCACAGUUACCUUAAAAAAAGGUAUGGGCGUGGAUCAGAAAACCAGUCUGUAUCUGUCUGGUGUGACCACCAUUUGCCUCAUGCAACGCGACUCAUCUUGUUCGCAUAGAGUUGAUCAGGGUGUUGUUUGUGGCCUUUGGAAUGUUGUCCCACUCCUCUUCAAUGGGUGUGCGAAGUUGCUGGAUAUUGGCUGGAACUGGAACAUGCUGUCACUCACGUCGAUCCAGAGCAUCUCACACAUGCUCAAUGGGUGACAUGUGUGGUGAAUAUGCAGGCCAUGGAAGAACUGAGACAUUUUCAGCUUCCAGGAAUUGUGCACAGAUCCUUGCGACAUGUGGCCAUGCAUUAUCAUGCUGAAACAUGAGGUGAUGGCGGUGGAAGAAUGGCACAACAAUGGGCCUCAGGAUCUCGUCACAGUAUCUCUGUGCAUUCAAAAUGCGUUGAUAAAAUGCAAUUGUGCUUGUUGUCCGUCGCUUAUUGCCUGCCUGCUUGCCCAAACCAUAACCCCACCGCAACCAUGGGGCACUCUGUUUACAACGUUGACAUCAGCAAACCGCUCGCCCACACAACACCAUGCAUUCUAUCUGCCAUCUGCCCAGUACAGUUGAAACCGGGAUUCAUCCGUGAAGAGCACACUUCUCCAGUGUGCCAGUGGCCAUCGAAGGUGAGCAUUUGCCCACUGAAGUCGGUUACAACGCCGAACGGCAGUCAGGUCAAGAUCCUGGUGAGGACGAUGAGCACGCAGUUGAGCUUCCCUGAGAUGGUUUCUGACAGUUUGUGCAGAAUUUCUUCGGUUGCGCAAACCCACAGUUUCAUCAGCUGUCCGGGUGGUUGGUCUCAGAUGAUCCCGCAGGUGAAGAAGCCGGAUGUGGCGGUCCUGGGCUGGCGUAGUUACACAUGGUCCGUGGUUGUGAGGCCGGUUGGACGUACUGCCAAAUUCUCUUAAAUGAUGGAGGCGGCUUAUGGUAGAGAAAUUAACAUUAAAUUAUCUGGCAACCGCUCUGGUGGACAUUCAUGCAGUCAGCAUGCCAAUUGUGCAAGCUCCCUCAACUUGAGAAAUGUGGCGUUGUGUGACAAAAAUGCUUUUUUUUAGUGACCUUUUAUUGUCCCCAGCACAACGUGCACCUGUGUAAUGAUCAUGCUGUUUAAUCAGCUUCUUGAUAUGCCACACCUGUCAGGUGGAUGGAUUUUCUUGGCAAAGGAGAAAUGCUCACUAACAGGGAUGUAAACACAUUUGUACACAGAAAUUGAGAGAAAUACGUUUUUUGUGCAUAUGGAACAUUUCUGCGGUCUUUUAUUUCUGCUCAUGAAACAUGGCACCAACACUUAACAUGUUGAGUUUAUAUUUUUGUUCAGUAUAAAUAAAUUUGAUUGACUCCCCUCUUGUUUCCCCCCUUUCUAGCACUGUGCAUACUGUAAGCGCCUUGGAGCCUCCAUCAAGUGCUGUGCUGAAGGAUGUGCUCAACUGUACCAUUACCCAUGUGCGGGGGCGGCAGGGACUUUUCAGGAUAUCAGGAGUCUCUCCCUCCUCUGUCCGGAUCACAUAGAACUGGCCAUCAGCAGAUGUGAGUCCAGCGUCAUACAAAUUCACUUGAAAUAAUUAUAUGAUGUAAUGCUGUCAUAAGUAGGAACAAGGAAAAACUCUCUAGACGUCAUCUGAAAUUUCCCUAUUCUCCAUUUCCCUCCCUCCCUCUCUUUCUCGCUCUCUCUCUCUCUUUCCUUUCCUCCCCCUCUUACCCUCCCCCUCUUCCCCCUCCUAGUUCCAGACGACUUUAUCUGUGCACUGUGUGACAGCCCUGGGGAGCUCCUUGACCAUCUCUUCUGUACCAGCUGUGGGCAGCACUACCACGGGGCCUGCCUGGACAUGGCUGUGACCCCGCUGAGGAGAGCUGGCUGGCAGUGCCCAGAGUGCAAGGUCUGCCAGGCCUGCAAGUGAGUCACCUUCCAACAGCCCCAUCCGUCCACCCACACACCUGACCUGGCCCUGUAUUGAGAUUUGUAUGUGUGGCAGUGGCCGUCAGGCAUGGAGGUGGACACUGUGUGAUUUUGUUUGUGCUACCACUGUGGUUUGUGGGUAACGCACCCUCAGGCACUGUUCUUUAGUCUCGUACCUCAAACAGCCUGGUUACUGUUAGCAACCGAGUCCACAAUAAAUUCAGGUCGGCUCUGCAAUACAGAUUAGACCAACACAUUGACCCUUUAGCUGUGACUUUGCAACAGUCGUUCGUUUCUAGGAUUAGGGCACACAUUUUUAACAUAAGGGGCUACAUAUAGAGUACAUAGAUCCAAAGAAUGUAUGUAGAGCUCUCAAGUGUCCUUCUCCCUGUGUGCAGGAACCCAGGGGAGGACGAUAAGAUGUUGGUGUGUGACAUGUGUGACAAAGGCUAUCACACUUUCUGUCUGCAACCGGCCAUUGAAGACAUCCCUACCAACGGAUGGAGGUGUAAGGUAUGUGGAAGACACUACAAUACUGUGAAAGAUGGACAUUAUAGUGUAAGGUGCUGUAUCAGGGUCGGAAUUGAACGAGGGGCAAAAAUGUCCGCUAAGGUUUCUUAAAUGCCCCCUAAAUUGUCAUAACGAGGGCAAAUAAAUGCCCUUGAAAAAUGUUUUGUAAGAUAUCAAAAUUAAAACUAUACACCGGCCGCAGCAACGAGAUCAAGCCCCCUCCCCCCAUCUCGCACAACCUGGGCACCUUGGGUAAUAAUAACAGAGAGGAAGAGGCGAAGCGAAAGAGUUUACUCCCGUCAAAAUCUGUCCACGGUAAGCAGACCUGCUCCCACUUCUCAAGUAUUUAUUUUUAUUGGCAUUGACCGAUUUCUAAUUUGAAAAACGACGGCGCAAACAUUAGCGACAGCAGAAGUUGAAAAAUAUGUUAAUAAUAAUGACCCACCGGCAGCCUCUAUCGCUGAGCAAGUCAACCGUCAAAACCACAGUUAAAAACACAACCAUCGAGGGAUGGAAGAUUGAUUGGGUGGGGGUCAAGACCAUUCAAGAUGCUGCCACCGUAAUGUUCUGCAAAGCCUGCCAUGAAACUUUGGUACAAAAUACAUCUAAGAGCUUUCGUUGGGCUAUCGCCUUUGAUUCUUGAGUCAAAAAAAAUAUAUGCAUCGGUGAGCCACAGUCACAAAGCAGCGUAUGGUCAGUUUAGUUCAUUUGUCACAUAAACUAGUUGAAAAGGUGGAAUGGGAUUUUUUCACAAAUGAAAAGCGUAAAAAUGGACAGGAGAAGCCCAGCACAAUACCAGCACGCUGACAAACCUAAUGUUGAUCUCUCUCGAAGGCCCACUAGAGGAAGAGAUCAACCUUGUUCCAUAAAUUGCUCAGUUCUCCUAUAAUUAUAUUUAUUUUGUGUUAUGAAUUGGUGUGUCCAAUUGUUAUGCAUCACAUUUAGGCAACUCAAACCACAAAGAAUGUGGAUUUCUACCAAUGUGAGUUAAAAUUAAUAAUACUUUAUAUUAUUAUUAUUGUUAUAAUUUCAUUAAUUGAGUGAAUGAUUGCUUUUUUGCCAAUACAAGACUUUAGAAACAUUUCCACAUUAGCUAUUUACGUUUCUUUUUAUCCACAAAUGAAAAUGCCAUGGAAAUGCCUCAAAAUGCCCCCUAAAAGUUCACAGGGUAGAAAAUGCCUUUAAAAAUAAAAUAAUAAUCCUGUCCUCUGCUGUAUAUUACAGGUAAAUGGUAUGAAUCUACAAUAUAUGAAAAGCUGAAGAUGGCACAGGGGGGGAAAAAUCUGUGUAGAAUGAGAAAUGGAAUUAAAGGGUUGUAUGUUCCUUUUCUCUGUCAAUAUGUAAGAACAGUGGUUUAAAACUCCCACAGUUAAUGUUGAGAAAUUCAGCUGCCUGAUGAGAAUAUUGAAUUUUUUCCGUGGUUGUAUCUGUGCUUCCUGUGGUUAAGAAAUGACUCACACAGGCCGCUCUUUUAAAGGCUGCCGUUUAGCCUCAAACCCUGAAUCAUUUCAGAUAAGGCGGCGCCCGUGUGUGUGCGGUGGGGAAAUCAAACCGUAGGCGUCGUCAUCCCCUGCCUGUGGCCUCUUCCUCUGGUGGGGCAGGUAGCGCGCGGUGCUUGUCUGGGCGUACAAUCAGCUGCUGCGGUGGUGGUGGGUGGGGAUCAGACUGCAGACCACAGCAGCAGCCAGUGAGGUGCCGGCCAGGUGGUGGAGAAUCUUCACACUCACUUAGCUUUUGCCUCUCAGUCUGACUCUGCAGCACAGAAGGAACACAGCCCACACAGCACCCAACCCCCUCCUCUCUCUCUCUCUCUCGCUCUUCUCUCUCGCUCUUCUCUCUCUCUCUCGCUCUUCUCUCUCUCUCUCGCUCUUCUCUCUCUCUCUCGCUCUUCUCUCUCGCUCUCGCUCUUCUCUCUCGCUCUCGCUCUUCUCUCUCUCUCUCUCUCGCUCUUCUCUCUCUCUCUCUCUCGCUCUUCUCUCUCUCUCUCUCUCUCUCUCUCUCUCUCUCGCUCUUCUCUCUCUCUCUCGCGCUCUCUCCAACUCGCUCCUCUCUCUCCUCCCUCCUCCACUCUUGAAGCUGCUGUGUCUUGCCCAAGCGCUUUAGUUCAGACUGAAGCCUCAUCUGAAUGUCUUCUUGGAGAUGAAUAAAAAAAAUUAAGAAUCAUUGUUUCAGUUCUCUCUCUCCCUCCUCCUCCAGAACUGCAGAGUGUGUGUCCAGUGCGGCACCAGGACCAGCGGUCAAUGGCACCACACCAGUCUACUGUGUGAGACCUGUGUCCAACAUCAGGACCCCGACCUUAGCUGUCCGCUGUGUGCCUGUAUCCUGGACCCAGAGCACCACAAAGACCUGCUGUCCUGCCACAGCUGUAAAAGGUACACACACACAGUCCCUUUGUUCAUUCUAUUUUCUAUCUCCAUUGUUUUACCAUUGUCUCUUUUCCCAUUGAUGUUGUGAUGGAGUCCUUAAUCUUCGUUUGUCCUCUCCUCCUGCUUCCAGAUGGCUCCACCUGGAAUGUGAGCGCCAGUCGUCAGGUCAAGCAGACAUCCAGCCCAGCCAGGGCUAUGUGUGUUCAAGCUGUAGGCCUACUGGGUCACUACCACAACAGGCCCCACCACAGGUAGAGGAGGAGGUGGUGGCGGAGAAGGACACAGGAGGCCUAGAGCUGAGCCCACAGACUGCUACUCAGAGCCACACAGACUCAGAACCGGUGGUUCUAAUGCAUACAGAUCUAGAACCUGGUCUGCAGCCGCUGAGAUCUCCUUCUCCAGUGCACAAUGAUCCAGAACUGGAAUUACAACCAGUUCCAAUGCACACAGAUACAGAACCAGAGCCAAAGCCUAUUCAAGCCACCGCCACUGUCUGUGAGAACGGCCAUGAGGAGAGGCAGCCACAGCAGGCUACAUCAGACCAGCAGCCCGGUAAGUCCCUCUUUUGUCUGACUGGGUUAUUUGUGUCUACACACAGAGGCCAACUGUGUGUUGUGGUUGAACAUUGUUUCCCCCUAUCAUUCUCCUUUAAUGCUCUCGAGCGGUUUGGCAGGUGGACUCAU